UGGGGUUCCGCCCACAGCUAGAGGCGGGGCUCAGUCGUCCAAUAACGUCCCUGAAGGAGAGGGCGGGCUCGCUGAGGGCGGGGCCUCGGGCCCGCUCGAGUGGCGCGCGGCGGUGAAGUAUCGCGGGAAGACGCAGUGAGCGUAGAUCUUAGAAGUCACUAUGGUGACAGGGAGGUUGCGAGGCUGCUUGGUAACCGGUCCUAGCUCUGCGAUAACAAGUGCCACCGCUUUCCUGGACCUUAAGGUAAAUCUCUUCCCUUCCAGACGUCGUGCGGAAAGGGUUUGGAAGUUGUGGCCAUCACUAGAUCCCACCAUCCUGCUUAGACGUGAUUACAAUCAAGUGGCAUUUUAAAAUUUUGCUGGAAAGUGGAGACAUGAGACUGAAGAUCUCUCUUUUAAAAGAACCAAAGCAUCAAGAAUUAGUAAGCUGUGUGGGCUGGACUACUGCUGAAGAACUGUAUUCAUGUAGUGAUGAUCACCAGAUAGUGAAGUGGAACUUGUUAACCAGGGAAACAAGUCAAAUAGUAAAGCUUCCUGAUGAUAUCUACCCGAUAGAUCUUCACUGGUUUCCAAAAAGUUUAGGCAUAAAGAAACAAACUCAAGCAGAAAGCUUUGUUCUCACAAGUUCUGAUGGUAAAUUUCAUCUGAUUUCUAAGUUAGGAAGAGUGGAAAAAAGUGUAGAAGCUCACUGUGGAGCAGUACUUGCAGGAAGAUGGAAUUAUGAAGGAACAGCAUUAGUUACAGUUGGAGAAGACGGACAAAUAAAAAUCUGGUCAAAGACUGGGAUGCUAAGAUCAACUUUAGCUCAGCAAGGAACACCAGUGUAUUCAGUAGCCUGGGGCCCUGAUUCAGAAAAGGUUCUCUACACAGCAGGCAAGCAGCUGAUCAUUAAACCUCUUCAACCAAAUGCUAAAGUUUUACAGUGGAAAGCUCAUGAUGGCAUUAUUUUGAAAGUAGAUUGGAACUCAGUCAAUGAUCUAAUUUUAUCUGCUGGUGAAGACUGUAAAUAUAAGGUAUGGGAUAGUUACAGCCGCCCUCUGUACAAUUCACAACCUCAUGAGCAUCCUAUUACCUCAGUUGCCUGGGCUCCAGAUGGAGAAUUAUUUGCUGUUGGAUCAUUUCAUACUUUACGCCUGUGUGAUAAAACUGGGUGGUCAUAUGCGUUAGAAAAGCCCAACACUGGCAGCAUCUUUAAUAUUGCGUGGUCAACUGAUGGCACUCAGGUCGCUGGAGCCUGCGGAAAUGGACAUGUUGUUUUUGCACAUGUGGUGGAGCAACGUUGGGAGUGGAAAAAUUUUCAAGUUACAUUAACUAAAAGAAGGACCAUGCAGGUUCGUAACGUUCUUAAUGAUGCAGUGGAUUUACUGGAAUUCCGUGACAGAGUCAUUAAAGCAUCUUUGAACUAUGCACACUUAGUUGUUUCAACGUCUCUUCAAUGCUAUGUGUUCUCUACGAAGAACUGGAAUACACCACUUAUAUUUGAUCUCAAAGAAGGAACUGUUAGUUUAAUUCUGCAGGCAGAAAGACAUUUUCUUCUUGUAGAUGGUGGUGGUAUUUAUUUAUAUUCUUAUGAAGGGCGCUUCAUUUCUUCUCCAAAAUUUCCUGGAAUGAGAACAGAUAUUCUGAAUGCACAGACUGUCUCUUUGAGUAAUGAUACCAUAGCAAUAAAAGACAAAGCUGAUGAAAAAAUAAUCUUUCUUUUUGAGGCAUCAACUGGAAAACCAUUAGGUGAUGGGAAGCUUCUUUCUCAUAAGAAUGAAGUUUUAGAAAUUGCUCUGGAUCAAAAGGGACUUACCAAUGAUAGAAAAAUUGCUUUCAUUGAUAAAAAUAGAGAUCUCUUUAUCACUUCAGUGAAACGAUUUGGGAAGGAAGAACAAAUUACCAAACUUGGAGCAAUGGUGCAUACUUUGGCGUGGAGUGAUACAUGCAACAUCCUUUGUGGACUUCAAGAUACUCGAUUUACAGUGUGGUAUUACCCUAAUACAGUUUAUGUGGACAGAGACAUUUUGCCUAAAACAUUAUAUGAAAGGGAUGCAAGUGAAUUUAGUAAAAAUCCCCAUAUUGUGAGUUUUGUUGGAAAUCAGGUAACUAUAAGAAGAGCUGAUGGCUCGCUGUUUCACAUCAGCAUAUCACCAUAUCCUGCCAUCCUCCAUGAAUACGUAAGCAGUUCAAAAUGGGAAGAUGCCGUAAGACUUUGUCGCUUUGUUAAGGAGCAAACCAUGUGGGCUUGCCUAGCUGCUAUGGCACUUGCUAAUCGAGAUAUGACUACUGCAGAAAUAGCCUACGCAGCGAUUGGUGAAAUUGAUAAAGUUCAAUACAUCAAUUUUAUAAAAGAUCUUCCAUCUAAAGAAUCAAAAAUGGCCCACAUAUUAAUGUUUAGUGGGAACAUACAGGAGGCUGAAAUAGUACUUCUUCAGGCUGGUCUUGUUUAUCAAGCUAUCCAGAUCAAUAUUAAUCUCUACAACUGGGAAAGGGCACUUGAAUUGGCUGUAAAAUACAAAACACAUGUUGAUACAGUUCUUGCUUACCGUCAAAAGUUUUUAGAGACGUUUGGUAAACAGGAAACUAAUAAACGAUACUUGCAGUAUGCAGAAGGUCUCCAGAUAGACUGGGAGAAAAUCAAAGCCAAAGUUGAGAUGGAAGUUACCAAAGAACGCGAGCGCUCAUCAAGCAGCCAGUCCAGCCAGAACACAGUGUAAAGCGCUAAAUAUCAUGCUCACCUUUGAGAAGUUUUACCUUUUGAAACUAAUUCUGAUUAACCAAGGAUAAGCAUGUUUUCAUUGCUAAAGAAAAAGGCAGAAUCUUUAAGUAUAAGCACUUGCUGUAUAUUUAAUACAAAAAGUAUGUUCAGAAAGACUAAGCACAAAAUCAUUGAUGUAAUUUCAUCUUUUAUAUUUUUUAAUCCAAUAUUUAGCAAAAUAUUCCUAUAUAUUUAUGAUCCACCUGUGUAGUGUUGCUUACAUUCUAGUGAUCUGUCCAUUAUUUUAUCCAUGAAUCUUCAGCAGGAACAACUAUUAAUGCUGAUAAUAAAACAUUGGACUCUUUAAAAUGUCGUUAUCAAGUUCUGUUUAACCUCUAAAUCAUAAAGUGCUUCAAAAGUUUAUUUAUACAAC